AUGGCUGCCGACGACGAAGCAUCUGACAUGGCCACCUCGAGCCCACCCCUUCUGGCACAACCCGACCACAGCCCCAGCAAUGCGUCAAGUCCCCUCACCGAGGUCGAAGACAAGGAUGGAGAACCGGAUGAGAUGGAUCUUGACGGGCCGGUGCACAACUCGUCUUCAUUAAGCAACGUCAACCUAGACGACGACGACGACAACGGCUCCAGAGCGGCACGAUCACACUCGGGAUCGGACAACGAAGACGAGUCUGCCCUGUCUGAAGUUGAGCCGGAUAUCAACGACUCGGAGGCUGAGACUGAGCGUCUUUACGACACGCCCACCAAGGUGAAGAACAUCAAGGAUAGGGUUGACGCUGAGAGCAGUCCAGAGUCGGUCACAAGCCCAACACAGCGCCUUACUCAGACGCGGGAUCGCACCUUCCAAGCUAGCCCGAGCAAGCUGAAGCAGCAACUCCACGCCGACUCUGAUGCGGGCGAGGACGACGAGGACGAUGAUGCGCUCUCUGACGCGGAGGACGAGGAGAACAAUGAGGCCGACGGCGAAGAAGAGGCUGCUGCGGACGAUCGUGAGACCACGCGGAGCAGUCGGCGACGGUCGCUGGCUGCCAGAGAGCAGUCCAAAAAACUCGGGCAAUCGCCUUCCACCGGGGCGAAAACAAAGGAGGAUGCAAAUGGCGACAAAGAGGACACACCUGCGCCGACGCCCGUGCUUCUCCGCAGCCAGCGCUCCAAUUCCGAUACGCGCAAACGCAAGCGCUCGCCCACUACGGACCCAUCCGAAUCUGAUCAACCGCUGCGAAAGCGCAUUGGUUCUGGCAGCGGUGGCACUGGUCGUGACGCGACAAACCCGAUUGCCGAGGACAUUGACGGCGAAAUUGCGUCUGCUAGAAGGCCGAAUGGUGCGACCGACGAUGACGUCGCCAAGACAGGAGCCGACGAAAAGGCCGAAGUAGACAAUUCGGCAGAAGGUACAAGUAGCGACACGUUCCAGGCUAGAAGGUCAAAGCGUGGCAGCGCCAAGAAGCGCACCAACUCGGACGAGGGCGACGAUGAUGCGAAUGAAGACCAGAACGAUGAAGCGUUAGAAGAUGGUGACCUGGCCACGGCAGAAGAGGACGCUGCGGGCCAUGGGGAUGACGAACCGAUCGACGGCGACAUUGACGAGGAGGCCGAGGCAGCACACCGGAACGAAGAAGAGUGUACGGUUUACCUGAUCGGAGAAACGACAUCGCUGGAGCAAAUGAGGGCAGACCAUGCUGACCAUUCGAUUACUACAGUGGAGAAGAAGAAGGCAGCCCUCGAAAACCUGCACGCAAUUGAGAAGCAAUUUGCGUCUUUCCGAGACAAACUCUAUCAGGAACGGUUAGACCAACUCAACCAAGAGGAAGAGAUGCUAAUUGGCGACAACCCGACACACCCUGAAUACCUAGCCAUGAUGCAGUGCGUAAAUGAACGACGCGACGAGAAGCUCCGCGUAAUCGACGUGGAGUACGACUUCAACCUGCAAACACUCAAGCGCUGGGCCGUGGCUCGACGCAGCCAUAUCCACGGCCAAUACUUCCAGAGUAUACGCGAGUCACGCGAACUCGUCCUUGAGGAGCUCGGCCGGCAAUGGUACCAGAUCCAGCAACAGCGGAGGCGGCACGCGAACACGAUCCCCGACUACGGCCUGCAGUUCCCGACGGCAAACACGCAACGGGUCAAGGAUGCGAUCACAUACAACAAAGAAGUGUCCAUUCUGUCCGGCAUUGCUAAGUAUGAGGGCUUCCCUGCUGCGCCACAGAUCAAGGGCGCCUCAACAACGCAAGUUGACGACGACCUCGAAGCUAUCGCUGGGUCCCCAGUGGCCAAAUCCUAUCAACCAGCGGCAGUGCCGGCGGCGUCGGCGUCGGCGUCAGCCCAAGCGCCGUCGGCACCAGCACUGCGAAAGCCACUGCCACAGCAGGUGGGAACCGGUAACCAUGUGCCGAGUCACCAGAACAUGCCAUACCAGCACCAGGCACGCAUGAAUGGCGGCGUUGCACACGGCGACACAACCCAGGCCGGACAGCCGCUGGGACAGAUGCCGUCUAAGAGAGAGGCAGCUGCAACAGUGUCGUACUAG